UGUGGUUGUGGCUUCCUCUGGAACCUCUCUCUCUCUCUCCUGGGCGGCUCCAUCUAUCCAAAUGGGAGCUGAGUUUGCAAGCUACCAGAGGCGGUGGAGCUGGUGCUGCUGAUGUCAGAGCCAGAAGACAGUUGUGAUUGGAUCUAAUUAGACUUUGCGGCAGCAAAUAGACGAGCUCCCUGCGUGAUUGGCUUUAAAGUGGAUGGUGCCAAACAACUCGCAGAGGCGCAAAAGUAGCAGCCCUGCUUCUGGAGCCCAGAGGAAGAGGAGAGAGCUCCAGGGUGCUCAGGACGACACGCGGGAAUAUCUUUCCCAGAGCUUUCUGCCUAAAGAAGGGUUCAGCUUUCCGGCGUGCAUCCGAGGCUUUCAGCUCAACUGGAACCAAGCGACGGGACGAUUAUAGAGAAGGUGCUUGCUGGCGUGCUCAGUCCUAAAAAGUGAGACUGCUACUUGAUUUGCAAAACCAGAAAUACUCCCGGCUGCGGCCGCAGCAGCAAGACUAAGAAAGGUGAAACUGCUUAAGGACCGGCUCCUCUCUGGGUCUCCCGACUGGCAUGGCAUCUGUCCUGGGGAGUGGCAGAGGGUCUGGAGGGCUAAGCAGUCAGCUCAAAUGCAAGUCCAAGAGGAGAAGGAGGAGAAGGUCCAAGAGGAAAGACAAAGUCAGCAUACUGUCAACCUUCCUCGCUCCUUUCAAGUACCUAAGUCCUGGCACCACAAACACGGAGGAUGAAGACAAUCUGAGUACCAGCAGUGCUGAAGUGAAAGAAAACCGAAAUGUGAGCAACCUUGGGACCAGGCCCCUGCCCCCUGGAGACUGGGCCAGAGGCGGCAGCACACCCAGCGUUAAAAGGAAAAGGCCGCUGGAGGAAGGAAAUGGGGGACAUUUCUGCAAACUGCAGCUGAUCUGGAAAAAACUCUCCUGGUCUAUGACACCCAAGAAUGCGCUGGUCCAGCUACAUGAGCUGAAGCCGGGUCUUCAGUACCGGAUGGUGUCACAGACUGGCCCAGUGCACGCCCCAGUUUUCGCCGUGGCUGUAGAAGUAAACGGGCUCACGUUUGAAGGCACGGGGCCCACUAAGAAGAAGGCCAAGAUGCGGGCAGCAGAGAUGGCCCUGAAGUCCUUCGUGCAGUUCCCCAAUGCAUUCCAGGCCCACCUGGCUAUGGGCAGUAGUACCAGUCCGUGCACUGACUUCACCUCUGACCAAGCUGACUUCCCAGACACGUUGUUCAAGGAGUUCGAACCAUCCUCAAGAAACGAGGAUUUCCCGGGCUGCUGUCCCGUUGACACUGAGUUUCUGUCCUCUGCCUACCGGCGAGGACGGCUGCUCUACCACACACUGGACCUCAUGGGCCAGGCUCUGCCUGACAGGUCCAGGCUGGCUCCAGGGGCACUGGGUGAGAGAAACCCCGUAGUGGUGUUGAAUGAAUUACGCUCAGGUCUUCGGUAUGUGUGCCUCUCCGAGACAGCCGAGAAGCCCCGAGUCAAGAGCUUUGUCAUGGCUGUGUGCGUGGACGGGAGGACGUUCGAAGGCUCUGGACGCAGUAAGAAGCUGGCCAAGGGCCAAGCAGCACAAGCUGCCUUGCAGGCCCUCUUCGACAUCCGGCUGCCAGGUCACAUACCCAGCAGGAGUAAAAGCAACCUCUUGCCACAGGAUUUUGCAGACUCUGUGUCUCAGCUGGUCACACAGAAGUUCCGUGAACUGACAGUCGGCCUGACAUCUGUGUAUGCCCGCCACAAAACACUGGCAGGAAUCGUCAUGACCAAAGUGAACAGCAGCAAACACAUCGUCAGGAAGUUCCGAGGGCACCUGCGCACCAAGAUUGAGUCUGGGGAAGGAACAGUCCCUGUGCGGGGCCCCAGUGCAGUCCAGACAUGGGAUGGCAUCCUGCUGGGGGAGCAGCUAGUCACCAUGUCCUGCACAGACAAGAUUGCCAGCUGGAAUGUGCUGGGACUACAAGGCGCUCUCCUCUGUCACUUCAUCGAGCCUGUGUACCUCCAUAGCAUCAUUGUGGGAAGCCUGCAUCACACGGGCCACCUUGCACGGGUCAUGAGCCACAGGAUGGAGGGCAUCGGCCAACUGCCUGCCUCAUACCGACAAAACAGGCCUCUCCUUAGUGGUGUGAGUAACGCCGAGGCCCGGCAGCCAGGAAAGUCUCCCCACUUCAGUGCCAACUGGGUCGUAGGCAGUGCCGACCUGGAGAUCAUUAAUGCCACAACUGGGAAGAGGAGCUGUGGGGGUUCAUCCCGGCUCUGCAAGCACGUGUUUUCUGCUCGGUGGGCACGGCUGCAUGGUAGGCUAAGCACACGGAUCCCAGGCCACGGAGACACACCCUCCAUGUACUGUGAAGCCAAGCGGGGGGCUCACACCUACCAGUCUGUUAAACAGCAGCUCUUCAAGGCUUUUCAGAAAGCUGGUCUUGGCACCUGGGUGAGAAAGCCACCAGAGCAAGAUCAGUUUCUACUAAGUCUCUAAGUUGCUAGACUCCUUGGCUAUUGGACCAGAGUGAGAUGCCCGGAGAGGAUGAAGCCGUAUGAUGGUGUGGUGUGUCCAUCAGUUCUUGACCUUUGUUCUCCUUCAUUGUUCAGGAACACAUGGCCUCAUGUGUGGAUGAGAGACUACACUUGAGUUUGGGUCCUGCUGCUUCUCCCUGGGCUGUUAGUUCCAAGUACCUGUCCACCAUAGCUAGAGAUAGAAGGAAGCAUCAUUGUAUCAGCCCCAUCCCUUACUGGGUGUCAAAAGGAAAUUAUCUGUCCAGGCAAGGGGAGCCCAGAGGCGAGACUGAAAAGUGGUACUAAAGUGGAGUAUCAUGCACCUUCCUCUGGGCUUCCCUCCCCUUCCAAGGGCCUCUCUAGUGGUGUGAUCGAGUCUCACCAGCACAAGUUUAUAUGGCACUUCAAGAUAAGCCACAGGUGAACAGGAAAGCCAUGGGCUCCCCAACUCCAAAGAACCCAACAGGAAUGCUAUGUUGUUCUCAUUAUUUAUUCAGACCUUUCCAACUUUUUUCAAGAAGGACUUGAGACAGACAGUGUUGAAGAGCAGCUAAGGUGAAAGCUACGCUUAUGACACAAAGGGAUAGUUACCUGAGACAGGAAAGAGUCAUGAUCGAUGAGCUAAGAAAACUCUGUUCUUAAACUGGUCAAUGAUAGAAUGUUGCAAACAAACCCAAGCCUAUCCACUUGAUGACAAUGUCUCCAUUGCUUUUCACAGACAAGGACAGCCAUGGAAGAGAGAAAUAUAGGGUGGUUAACCACUACCCAGUAACCUCUCUGCUAGUUACGAGUAACGAAGCUGAGUCUUAGGUCAAAUUCUAAAUUGUAAGUGAAUUUUUAUUAGAAAGAAGGCAUGCGCGCGUGCGCGCGCGCGCGCGCACACACACACACACACACACACACACACACACACACACACACCACUCAACAUGCUCUCAAUCAAUCAUUUUAGGUUCCUUGAUCAUCAUGUUGCAUGAAGAAAAUAACAAUGAUGAUGAUGUCUUACCAUAGCGGCCGCGAUUAAAGGGACAGAGUCAUGCCACUUUUAGAACAGGCAUCAGCGUUCGUGGGUAGACAAAGAUUUCUUUAAUAUUUAGCCUAGAUCAUCAUCCCUAAGAGGGAAAAAUUACAGGCCAGGGGGAGGCAUGCUGCUAACCAAUGUUUCUUGAACUAAUUGUUUUUAACACUCGGAGCUCGUUUCUAACAUUCAUCAAGCUAGUUAACAUGUGUCUAAUCUUUUCUAUUUUAAGAAAUCCCAUCUGAUGGGCUGGAGAGAUGGCUCAGCAGUUAGGAGCAUUUGCUGCUUCCAUAGAGGGCUCUGGUUGAGUUCCUAACUUCCACACGGCAGCUCCAUACAUGACUUCAGCUCCAGUGACUCCACACAUGCAUGCAGUACACCUGUAUAAAUGCGGGCAAAGUAUCAUAGACAUAAAGUUAAAAAUAAACAACUCCCUUUCAAUCCCAUCUGAGAUGCAUUACAGUUUCUGUUUCAUUUUGUUUUGUUCUUCAAGUAUCAGAGAAACCACUUCUAGGAUGUGGGAUUCUUGAUUAGAAUUCCAGCUCCUCGGUCCCCAGUAAAUUUCAACCAUUACAUCAUGUCGCAUUUAUCCCAUCCUAUAUUGCAGAUAUCAUAAGAAUGCAGCAAGCAUGAAACACAUUGAAUUGCCACUAUCUGGUUCGAUAAAAAAGAAGAGCAGAGAUAUUAAUUCCUUGGAAUAAUAUGAGAUUGCAUCACUAGUGUCCUUUGAGAAAAGAAUAUGUGUGCCAUUAUAGGAAUACUUUCAAGAUAAACUUUCAAAGACAUGCAGUGUUUCUGCAAAUAAGUGACUCGGGUCACUCGCAAAUGGAGAGUAAAGUGGAAUCUUAACUCAGGGUAAAGGCUAAGAUCAAAAGGCCAACUUACAGGAAUCUCAGAUACUUGAUAUAUCACUAGGAGGAAGCUUAGAAACCCAAGAAACCUUGAGAGCUGAAUGUGGCUUAGCUGCAGUCCUUCAACCGUUAGGCACACUUACUUCCUGGCUGGACUCUAUGACCCACCCUCCAAUCAUUUGUAUUCUGAGCUGUUGACUGAAGAGCACACAGCACUUCAGAGACGUGAGCUCCAAACGGUGUUGUUGGUUAUAAAAAUAAAUAAUAAUUGGCAUUAACCUCGAGGUCUAAAACAAGAUGGAAAGAAGCAGAAUGGGCCCCUUUCAGAUUCUCAUGAACACCCACACUUUGGCCAUUGCAUGAGACAGAGAAAGCAGUUGCUGCCCGGCACCAUCGUGUGCAUAAAUUCCAGGGCUAGGUCCAUGACUCACGAUGUCUAAAGUGCUGUUUUUCCAAACACAACCCGAACUCUCCUAAAGAUUAUUUUCUCCUUCUGAACGGAGGAUUCAUUCCACCCCUGGGCACUAGCAUAGAGAUUUGUUUAUUUAUUUUAGUUACAUGUAUGUGUGUGUGAUUGUGUGUAAGUAUGUGCAUGUGUGUGCAGGUGCCUGCAGGAGGCUGAAGAGGGUGUCAGGGCCACUGGAGUGAGAUGUGUCAGGGCAGAUGUGAGACACCCUGUGUGGGUGCUGGGAAGCAAAUAUGGGUCCUCUGGAAGAUGCUUUUAAGCACUGAGUUAACUCUCCAGUCCUGAGAAUCACUUGUUAAGCCAACAGGAGACUCCUAUAUAGGAGAGCUAGGGGAUCCACAGUUUUUAUAGUGGUAAAAGAAUGUUUUUAACGCUACAAGUGCAAUUUUAAGAAACUGGGGAUUUUCCAAAGAGACAUCGCAGGAAAAAAAAUUUUUAAGUAGUUGACUAGCUUGCAAGAUACUUGUCAGAGUGACUGUGAAAUAAAGGAGGUGGGAGGAAGGAGGCAGAGGGUCCCUGGAUCUCUUCAAUGAAAAGAGGUGUACUGAAAUGAUCCAAAGUGAACCCUGCCACAUGCUUGGAAGCAGAAGUCAGGGGAAGACGAUCUUCAAGAAACUGGAAAACACAAAGAGGUAUUAAGGACGAAGAAUGAAAGGCUUGGGUACAUUUAUUAUCUGAAGCAGGCAGGUAGCUACAUCAGGAUUGCACACCUCUACCAUAUUGGACCAUAUAUGUGUAGCCCUUAACCUGCAGAAACCCCACCCACUCAUAAGUAGUCAGGCACUGAAUCUGGUGUAGGGUCUGGUGUGCAUAGAUGUACAGAGUGUGAAUGGCAUAAGACAUUGGGCAUAGCAUCUAGUGUACGUGGAAUAAACCCUGAAAGGGUCAGUGACAACACUGCUGUAGGCUGCCUUGCAUUUUAACUACUGAGUUAGUGUCUUGGGGUGCCUCAGCGAUACCCCUUCUGAAGUUUCCACGAGAGUGAAACGUAAAUAGGUGAUAUUUAUCUAUUAGUCACCCUGAAAACAAAUACAGUCAAACGAAUCCAAAAGAAUGUGGUUAGAAUAUAAAGAGGGCGGGCAGGCAGCUUAGCCACCUUGACUGUUUCUUAUAUAUCCGAUUUAUCCCAAAGCCAUCCCUCCUCCCCUAGCCCAAUCUCUUUGAUCUUCACACCCUUCGUUUUCAAAUCCUCUGUCUUCUGUAUCUACCUCCUUUGAGUCUCAUUCCUAAACUCCAUAUAGGAGUCAGCAUUAUCUUUAUCUGUCUCCAAAACACAUGUUGCUUUCCUAUUGGGGAGAUAAGCACAUUAGGGUUUCCUGCCAGGCUCUCAGUCAAAACACCAGUGUCUGAUCAUUUGUGAGCCUCCCCAUAGGACUGAGGCCCAUGGUAAAGGCCCCAAGGACACGAAAGCACUGCUCACUCACCUGUAGCAAAAGAUUUCACAACAAUGUAAAAUAUCAAGUUAUUGGAUUUAGGAUUUCUUUGGAUUGGGGUUUUUGCCAAGGAAAAGAUUUGCAAGUCUCUAACAAUCGUUUCCUUUUGAUUUCUGUGCUCCUCUUAGAACCUGUAUAUAUCUAUCACACUAUGAUUGAUUUUGUGAUGUCCUUUUUGUCUCUCACGGAUGUCAGGCUAAGUUGCUUUUCCAAAAGAUGCAUAGCUCAUAUUUUUUUCCAUAUAAUUUCCUUCUCACAGGACAGUUCUUAUCAAUAAAUUUAAGUGCUUUUUUGUAUAGUGUUUACCAUAUUUGAUGAGCCAUGAACAGUAAAUACAUAGUAAUACCAAUGCCCAGAAUAGAAUAGUUACAGUAUUUUGAUGAAAUACUAUUUUUAGAUUAUAAAUUUCAAGACGAGUCUAUAGUAUCUUGUUUUAAAAAAAAUUUAAAGAGACAAUUGAAAUUUAAAUAUAGUAGACAUUUUUUUUACUUAGGGAAACUUCUAUGAUCACUUUUAAGAAGCCAUUCUAAUAAAAUGACCCAAUUGGCCCGAAAGAUAAUAAUGACCACUUUCUAAUAGCAACCAAAGGAAAUUUAGAAAAUGUCUUUCCUUUUUACGUGCUACCAUUUGACUGCUGUGACCACUGCUUCCCGCCCAAGUCUCAGCAUUCAGCAAAGCCUGUUUCUCCAUCACUCCUAUCGAGGAGAGUUCUCAGAAUCUACAAUCUUGUAUAGGACUAAGAAAUCGACCAUGCUGAACAUUUCUAAAACUACCCCCAGCUCUGGAUGUUUACAGAGUUCGUGAAGGAGUGGAGAAUUCAAAGUGCUGCCCCGGGAAAGGUGAUAGCACCAAAAUCAACCUUUAGCUGGGGUGUGGGGCAGGGAAGUGAUAGGGGAAACAUGGGGUGCAGAUCGUUAUAUUCUAUGGAUAGAAGGCUUGGAGCCAGCAGAUUGACUCCUGGGCGCUGCCCAUGGUUCUGACUCGUAGUUGAUCGUGGAAACAACUAUUUUUGGGAAUGCUAAGGUAUCGGUGGCUCUUGUUAAACUUCUUCCACAUAUGAAGCAGAUAAGUGAUGCUGGAGAAAUAAGGAAAUAGACACAAAAUGGCAUAUGUGGAGGCCACCGGAGAGAUGCCAUAGAGAACAGAGCAUUGUCCCCAUACAGUUCCUCCCACCCCAAGUCUGGGAAACCAGAAAACGAGUUUGCUCAUUUUCCCGGCAAUUCUACUUCUUUAGACUCACUUCUCCCUUCCCACCACCACCUUCCUUUUGUCCGUGCUUCCCUCCUGCUAAACGUCUGCUGUUUGUUCUGAUCCCCUGGUGUACCCGAGAGAAGUGAAGUACCAGACAGACUGCUGCUUACGGUCAGGAAGCUCCCUAUGUGUUCACGUGAUAGCGUGACUUGGGUGGAUUUACAGCGAUCCUUCUGGACUCCCAGAGCAUGUCCAUCUCAUCUGACCUCUAACCAAAAGAAUCGCCAGUGGCCAUGUCGCAAGAAAUUUCAACCAAACAAUAGCGCCCCUGCAGGGAAAUGUACAGUCUCAAAACCUGGAGAAAAUACCACCUUAUUUCCCAACUCGUGUUUUUUAGAGGUUGGAGAGAUGAUAUACCCUUUUGAAAAUAAAAAUAAAAAUUAUCUGGAUUCUAGUGCCUCUUUCACAUGGGCACCCGAUUUCUAUCUCCCAGAAGUCUGUGAAUCAAUUUAAAGAAAUCUUUCCCAACAGUGCCCAGCUAAUUUUCAGCACUUUUUAAGUAAAAUGAACAUUAAAAAAAAAAGUCCAUUCUUAGUUGAAGGUAUGUACAUAAAAAAAGCAUGAUUGAAUGGCAAUAUUGUAUCAAUGGAUGUAUAUUUGUAAUAUUUGUAAAAUAAAAAUCCAAAACCUUACAACAUGAAUUUACAUAUGUUAAUUUGCCUCUUCUAAGUUCUGUAAAUUGCACUUUGGUGAUACCUGAUAAGUGAAUGUUUCUCUUAAGUGAAUAAAAAUAUCAAGUAAAGUUGUUCUUUCCUGGA